AUGCAGCGAUCGCAGUUCGGAAACCCGCCGCCAGCCACAUCUCCUCCUCUCCAUCACCCAGUCCCGCAGCAUGUUUCGACAGUCCCCCAGCUGCGAUCACCACCUCCUCCCGCACCGCAGCACCAACACUCUGGCUAUGGAAGUCCCUACCAGCCCCAUGGCCAGUCCCAACCCCAGGCCCAGGCUCAAGGGGGAAAUAAUGCCUUUGGUGCAUACGGAGGAUUCAUAAACGACCCGACAGCACAAAUGGGCUUUCAAGUUGGCCAAUCUGCAUUAAAGCACGGAACAGAGUACUUAGAGCAGAACGUUAGCCGCUACGUGAACGUAUCCGCCUUGAAACACUAUUUCAACGUGUCCAACUCCUAUGUUGUCAACAAAGUCGUCCUUAUUCUAUGGCCAUGGAGGCAUAAACCUUGGGCACGGAAGCUUGCUGGUCCAAACGGCCAAUUCAUGCCUCCUCGAGACGAUGUAAACAGUCCGGAUAUGUACAUCCCAGUGAUGGCGCUCGUGACAUAUAUCCUCCUUUCGACCCUCCUUGCCGGCCUUCGAGGCGCAUUCCAACCAGAACUGCUAGGAUAUACGGCAACGUGGGCAUUUUUCAUUGUAGGUAUUGAGAUUCUCGGCCUCAAGCUAGGAUGUUACCUCCUAUCGAUCGCGAACGACUCUCAGCUCCUGGAUUUGGUUGCCUAUUCAGGAUACAAGUUCGUCGGAGUGAUCGUCACACUAGUUGUGAGUGAGAUAUUUAACCGGGGGCAAGGAACAGGCGGCUGGCUUGGAUGGACAAUAUUUGCCUACUGUUUUCUGGCCAACGCACUUUUCCUACUACGAUCCCUGAAAUACGUCCUCCUCCCAGAAAAUGCCACCGACGAGAGAGGGGCAAUGCAGACUGUAGCGCGAUCUCAAAAGAGCCGAAGAACCCAAUUCCUCUUCGUAUAUUCAUACCCUGUACAACUGAUUUUCAUGUGGGGCCUCACGUCAAUGUGA